CUGAGCCCCUCCCGGCUCCCGAGGCCGCUUUGCCGCAUUAGGUUUGAGCCCUAUAGGCCGCUGUAGCAGCUGGGCUGCGGCGCCGUCCCGGCUUUCACUCGGCGUUCCCACGCCGCCUCAGCCGGGCUCUCCUCUUCCACGUCACGGCCCGGACCUUCGAGAUGGCGGCUCAGAAGAUAAAUGAGGGGCUGGAGCAUCUCGCCAAAGCAGAGAAAUACCUGAAAACUGGUUUUUUAAAAUGGAAACCGGAUUAUGACAGUGCUGCUUCUGAAUAUGGAAAAGCAGCUGUUGCUUUUAAAAAUGCCAAACAGUUUGAGCAAGCAAAAGAUGCCUGCCUGAGAGAAGCUGUUGCCCAUGAGAAUAACAGGGCUCUUUUUCAUGCUGCCAAAGCUUAUGAGCAAGCUGGCAUGAUGCUGAAGGAGAUGCAGAAACUCCCUGAGGCCGUUCAGCUGAUUGAGAAAGCCAGCAUGAUGUACCUAGAAAAUGGCACGCCCGACACAGCAGCCAUGGCAUUGGAGCGAGCCGGCAAGCUUAUAGAAAAUGUAGAUCCAGAAAAGGCUGUACAGUUAUAUCAACAGACAGCUAAUGUGUUUGAAAAUGAGGAACGGUUACGACAGGCAGUUGAAUUACUAGGAAAAGCCUCCAGACUGUUGGUACGAGGACGCAGGUUUGAUGAGGCAGCACUUUCUAUUCAGAAAGAAAAAAAUAUUUAUAAGGAGAUUGAGAAUUAUCCAACUUGUUACAAGAAAACAAUUGCUCAAGUCUUAGUUCAUCUCCACAGAAAUGACUACGUGGCUGCCGAGCGGUGUGUCAGGGAGAGCUACAGCAUCCCAGGGUUCAGCGGGAGCGAAGACUGUGCUGCGCUGGAGCAGCUUCUUGAAGGCUAUGACCAGCAAGACCAAGACCAAGUGUCCGAGGUCUGCAACUCGCCGCUUUUCAAGUACAUGGACAAUGAUUAUGCUAAGCUAGGCCUGAGUUUGGUGGUUCCAGGAGGGGGAAUCAAGAAGAAAUCUGCAGCACCACAGGCUAAGUCUGAAGGCGCCACGGCCCCCACAGCGGAGGAAGACGAAGAUGAGUACGCAGGAGGCCUGUGCUAGGACCUUGCUUUGCCACAGAAAGGAAGAAAAGUGUCCUGACAUGCCAUUCAUGGACUUGGACCUUGUCUAAGGGGAUCCAGACUUCUUUGCAGUAGUGGUUUUGAAAAUGCUAAUAAAGACUCAUGUUUAGUCAUCAUUUCCCUAAGUACCCACUAUGUGAAAACACUUCUUUCUCUUUCCAUAAGAGCCUUUCUAAGACAUCAGCAGGAAUUAACAGAAAAAUAUACUGUCACAUUUUAAUACAGUUGAUUUUUAAAUUUGCAAGCCACAAAUUAUGUUCCAAACAAAAGGGACACUAGGCAUAGAAAUUCUUUUCUCUUGGGCUUUUGUGAUUUAUUGUUAGAGAAUUUCCUUUGCGUUUUAUUUAAUAAUUGCUGCUAAAAGUGAAGUUUGCUGAGUUAAACAAAGUAGUAUUUUAAACUUUUGUUUUGAAAAGGAAGUUUAUCCCCAUUGAUAUUAGAUACAUUUAAAUUAUCAAAUCUUUAAAUCUUUUCAGAGGUAAGACGGGGACAGGAUGCUCUUUGGAGCCUUACAAUAUUCUUUAGUCCAAUAAAAGGUAUGUUUAAAGUCUUAUGUGUAAGUUGAAAGUUUUGAAGCUAUAGUCAACUCUAAUGAGGACUAUUGUGCAUUCUAACAAAGAGGUAAUAUUCCCAUCAGUCUAGAAUAUAGGCCUUUGUUCCCUCCGAAAUAAUUUCUGAUUCAUCUAGAGCUGCGGUGGGACAGUAACAUGGCACGGGGACGCUGUGUAUACCGCAGACGUGUAGCUGAAUGGGGAGAACUGUUUCUGAGGUACUUCUGUUGAGAGGACUGAGCCGCCAACAUGUCAGUCCUUGUAGGUAGUCCUAGAAAGCUAUUUGUGAAGCAUUCCUUUUUCACCCAUGCGGCUUGGCCCCAUCUCCAAAUCUAUUCACUGAAGAGAGGCACCCAUUAGCAGCAGUGUGCAUUCUGCAGGCAGAUGCCACCCAGAGUGGUCCCUGUUCACGCAGCCCAUCUGCCUUUUCCCAGAGCCGGCCUUCUCCAAGUGCAGGUGCACAUUUUGCUGCUCCCUGAAGACACCAAGGCCCAUCCUGAUGUCUGGUUUUAGCCACAGCUGUUUCUGAGGGAGAAGAGGACUUAGCCAGGAUGGCAUCCUCUGUGCACUUGGCUGGGGGCGGUGGGAGGGUAGAAGUUGUUAUUGAAGAUCUGAUUUAAAACACCCAACAAAUUUAAUGCUUUGAUUCUUCAACUUACUUGCAUAGUUCUGCAGUAGCAGCUCAUUUUCAGUAAUCGUGUGGAGACGAACUUUGAACAAUCUCAGCGAGGCUGUACUUAGACAUUUGUACUGAAUGGCAUAGUAAUACUUCGAGAGCCCGCCACUGCUGCUGGGCCCUUUAUAUCCAGUCAGAAACUUCGGGAGUCUCGUGUUCAUGCUCAUGUGAGCUAAGCAACCAUCUGUCUAAACAGAUUUGGCAGCACUUAAAAGGUAUUUUAGACCAUUUGUUUAUAGACUACAUUACCCAUUACAGCCUUGGAAAAGUUAAGUGUUACAUAUUAAAAAUGAGGAGUGAUUCAGUGCAUUCUGUAUCAGCAGGGCAGCUGACCCUUAACAACAUGAAAGGCUCUAUUUCUUUCAAGUGCAGCCUCUUCCCCCGACCCUGCCACCCCUCCCCGCCCACACUUGGGAACUAACGAGCCGGGACUUCGGGAUAUUUCUUUGAUGUCAGGGUUAUUCUGUGUGGUGUCCAGGAAAGAACCCUCGUUCCAUCUUCCUGCAUUUUAUUUUUCCAUGUAUAGAAGUCUUUAUCCUGAGAGUGUGGUCAGAAGUGGGAAACGUGUGUUUACAACAGGAAAAACUUUUCCAGAACUCGUGUCAUCACUUUUACCAAAGUGGAAGCCUGCAUGAAUAUGCUCAGUGUUCUAUUAUAUUGUAAGUGAAGUCAAUCUAGAAAUAUAUUUAAUAUAUUGAAUUUAUUUGUGCAUAUGCAGAAUAUGGUAUUUGUGUAUGGAAUCUGUGCUUCCUAUUUUUUCCAGUUCUUUGAUGAGUAAAUAUUAAAUGUGUUGUUAUGGAAAUGUAGAUUAUUGCUUCUAUGGGGAAGAUAAUUAUGAAAAUAAAACCUGAAACUAUAUAAGUGUGAUUUA